UUAAGUGGGCGGAUGUAAUGAUUUCGAUGGGAAGAAAUAAUAUUCAGCAUCGAAGGAAUAACAACUGAAAUCAUCCCGUCCUGCAGCAUGCACCUAUGUGAAUGUGGAGAAUGACCAGCAAUGUCCAAGUUGAACAUUCCACCCUUUGUGCCUGCCCGGACUGUGCUGGAAGGCCUCGAGUCAGAGGAUGCGUGUGAAGACAAGAAAGCUGUAAAAAAGGAGAUCCAUAGCAAAAAGGGAGCCAAAAAGGACAACAUGGAAGAGGAGAAUACAGACCUGCUCAGACUUUGCCACACAGUACCGCUGGAGGUGGUGAACUUAGGUGGGAAAGGUUACGAUCCAGAGAAGAAAGACUACUCAGGUUUUGAGGCCUGGUUGCAGUGUUACUAUGUGGAUGGAAUGAAGUCUGUACGCGACCACAAUGGCAGGACUAUGUGGUUCAAAGGCGAUCCAGGUCCUAUGGCUCCUAAAGAAUCAAAGUCUCCAAAGGCCAAAAAGAGAAAAGAUACAGAUGCAGACCAUGAUUACCCCCGCAAGAAAAAGGUGUCCAGGAAACACAACUCUGACAGCACAGUGAAGAAAAAAGCAGCCAAAAAGCCCACAAAAGCAGCAAAGGAAGAAGAAAAUGGACCUCAAGAAGAAGCCACACCCAGAAGAAGAUCAGCAAACACACCUCAGCAAGAACCGAAAUCCACGUCAGGCAGGAGGAAAAAGAACAAUACAGAGCCAGCUGCAGGUCUGAUUCUAAUAAUACUCCCAUUUUCUGAAAAUAUUAAGAGCCUGAUCUUUGAGGAUCCAAUUCCCACACACUUAUCUGUGUGCGCAAACUAUAAAAUUGCAUGUACUGUUGGUGGACGUGUUGUAUGUGAUCUACUUUGUGCAAUUGAUAGCAGCAAAAGUGGCACAGAUCACCCUAUUUUUGUGUACUAGAAGCAUUAUGUGCCCUUGGAAACACUUCUUUCCCUCUACAUUCAUGUUAUUAUGCUCUCCACACUGGAGGGGGGCUUAUAUUAGAUUAUGGCACAUAUCGAUCAUCUAACACCUUUUCUGCAAUAUAGAAUCACAGUAUGUAUACUAUUUGCAGCAGGAAUGAUCAAACUGCAUAUUGCAAGACAUUUUUUUUAGGAGUUAUACUAAAUACAAAAAAAAAAACGCAACGCUUUUGUUCUUGUUCCCAAUUUAAAUGAACUCAAAGAUCGAAAACUUUGACUAUAAACACAAAAUACCUGUUCCUCUCAAAUAUUGUUCACAAAUCUGUAUACAUUUGUUAGUGAGCAUUUUUUCUUUGCCAAGAUAAUCCAUCCCACCUGACAGGUGUGCCUUGAGCUGUCCAAAAUAAAAGGCCACUGUGAAAUGUGCAGUUUUAUCACACAACACAAUGCUUCAGAUGUCGCACGUUUUGAGGGAGCGUGCAGUAGGCAUGCUGACUGCAGCAAUGUCCACCAGAGCUGUUGCCCGUCAAUUAAAUGUUUAUUUCUCCGCCAUAAGAAUAGAAUGGAAUAGAAAGUACUUUAUUGAUCCCUGGGGGAAAUUCAGCACCACAGUUCGCUCACAAUAAACAAUGAUAAUAAUAAAUAAUAUAAUGUAUAUGAAUAAUAUAAAUAUAUUCUACAUUUAAGUGCAGUCAAGGAACAUAUGCAUUAUACAGUCUGAUGGCUGUCGGUGUGAAGGACCUCCUGUGUCGUUCCGUGUUGCAUUUUGGGAGUCUGAGCCUUCCACUGAAUGUGCUCAUUCUCUCUGCAAGGUCCGAGUGUAGUGGGUGGGAGGUGUUGUCCAUAAUGGCUAGGAGUUUUGCUAGACUUCUCUCUGACACCACCGCCAGAGAGUCCAGCUCCACUCCCAUCUUGUUACUGGCCUUCUCUACCAACUUGUCCAGUCUGUAUGUGUCCCUCACUCUCAGCCCGCUGCCCCAGCAGGCCACGGCGUACAAGAGGGCGCCUGCCACCAGCGACUCGUAGAACAUCUUCAACAUCUUUGUACAGACGUUGAAGGAUCCUAGCCUCCAAAGGAAAUAUAGAUUCGGCUCUGUCCCUUCUUGUAGAGGGCCUCAGCGUGUUUUGACCCAUUCAGCUUGUUGUCCAUGUGUACUCCGAGGUAUUUAUAAUCCUCUACCAUGUCCACAUCCACCCCUUUGAUGGAAACAGGGGUCGCCAGAGUACUCCUCCUCCUUCCCAGGUCCACAACCAGCUCCUUGGUCUCCGUAACAUUGAGCUGGAGGUGGUUCUUUCCACACCAUGUGACAAAGUCCUCCACCAGUGUCCUGUAUUCCUCGUCAUCACCUUCCUCAAUACACCCCACUAUCGCAGAGUCAUCAGAAAACUUCUGAAGGUGGCAGGACUCUGACUGAUAGUGGAAAUGGGUGGUGUAAAUGGUGUAGAGGAAGGGGGAAGAGUACUGUAGCCUCCGGGGCCCCGGUGUUGCUGACCAGCCUGUCAGACACACAGUCCUGCAGUGGCAUAUACUGUGGUCUGUCAGUCAGGUAAUCUACAACCCAGGACACCAAGGGGGCCUCCACCUGCAUCUUCUCCAACUUCACACCCAGUAGCCCAGGCCGUUUAGUAUAAGCCGCCUCCAAAGGUGUUUCAGAGAAUUUGGCAAUACAUCCAACUGGCCUCACAGCCGCAGACCAUAUUGAUUGGCUGAGACCUGCCACCCGGACAGCUGCUACAACAAUUGGUUUGCUUAACCAUAGCAUUUCUGCACAAACUGUAAGAAACUACCAUGAAUUGAUUAACGUGGACCCCGACUUAAACAAGUUGAAAAACGUAUUGGGGUGUUACCAAUUAGUGGUCAAUUGUACGGAAUAUGUACUUAACUGUGCAAUCUACUAAUAAAAGUAUCAAUCAAUCAAUCUGUCUCAAGAAAGCUCAUCUGCAUGCUCGUGGUCCUCAUCGGGGUCUCGACCUAACUGCAGUUUGUCUUCUUAACCAACUUGAGUGGGCAAAUGCUCACACUCAAUGGCGUCUGGCACAAUACAGAGGUUUUGGUAUGUUAUUAUUGACAGCGAAACCACGUGCAUUUUAUUGAUGGCAUUUUCCAUGCGCAGAGAUACCGUCACGAGACCCUGAGCCCCAUUGUUGUACUAAUCACCCGAGGCCAUCACCUUUAUAAAUAACAUUUACUAACUCAUGUUGCAAGGAUCUGGAAGCUAAAAACAUCCCAGUUCUUGCAUGACCAGCAUACUCACCGGACAUGUCACCCAGUAAGUAAUUUUUGAGAGGAAUAUAUAUUUUCUGUGUAGUAAAAGUUUCAGAUCUUUAAGUUCAAUUCAUGAUAAAUGGGAGCAAAAACAAAAGUGUUGCGUUUAUAUAUUUGUUCAAUACCAUAUUUUUCGGAGUAUAAGUCGCACCUGCCGAAAAUGCAUAAUAAAGAAGGAAAAAAAACAUACAAGUCGCACUGGAGUAUAAGUCGCAUUUUUGGGGGGAAAUUUAUUUGAUAAAACCAGACGGCAAGAAUAGACAUUUGAAAGGCAAUUUAAAAUAAAUCAAGAAUAGUGAAGAACAGGCUGAAUAAGUGUAGGUUAUAUGAGGCAUAAAUAAGCAACUGCUAUGUUAAGCUAACAUAUUAUGGUAAGAGUCAUUCAAAUAACUAGAACAUAUAGAACAUGUUAUACCUUUAACAAACUAUCUCUCACUCCUAAUCCAUAAAUCCCAUAAAAUCUUAUACGUCUAGUCUCUUACGUCAAUGAGAUAAAUAAUAUUGAUAUUUUACGGUAAUGUGUUAAUAAUUUCACACAUAAGUCGCUCCUGAGUAUAAGUCGCACCCCCGGCCAAACUAUGAAAAAAAAACUGCUACUUAUAGUCCGAAAAAUACGGUGCAUAUUUUCUAAAUCAAAAAAGGAAUACCAUUAAAAAACAACAUAAAUUAAUAGACUUUGGUUUAAUCGGCCCUUUAAGUUGUCCAGCAGCUAUAAAAUGAUAUUGCUGAAUAUAUAUCUUCUUCUUUUUAUUUCUAACAGUCCAAAUAUGACAUGCACACGUAGAACAAAGGCUUCUCUGUUCAGUUGUCUUUGCAGCGUGAUGGCCUCCUUUCUCACAGCCCUGUGUGCAACUAUGUCAGUUGUCUUUGCAGCGUGAUGGCCUCCUUUCUCACAGCCCUGUGUGCAACUAUGUCAGUUGUCUUUGCAGCGUGAUGGCCUCCUUUCUCACAGCCCUGUGUGCAACUAUGUCAGUUGUCUUUGCAGCGUGACGGCCUCCUUUCUCACAGCCCUGUGUGCAACUAUGUCAGUUGUCUUUGCAGCGUGAUGGCCUCCUUUCUCACAGCCCUGUGUGCAACUAUGUCAGUUGUCUUUGCAGCGUGACGGCCUCCUUUCUCACAGCCCUGUGUGCAACUAUGUCAGUUGUCUUUGCAGCGUGAUGGCCUCCUUUCUCACAGCCCUGUGUGCAACUAUGUCAGUUGUCUUUGCAGCGUGAUGGCCUCCUUUCUCACAGCCCUGUGUGCAACUAUGUCAGUUGUCUUUGCAGCGUGAUGGCCUCCUUUCUCACAGCCCUGUGUGCAACUAUGUCAGUUGUCUUUGCAGCGUGAUGGCCUCCUUUCUCACAGCCCUGUGUGCAACUAUGUCAGUUGUCUUUGCAGCGUGAUGGCCUCCUUUCUCACAGCCCUGUGUGCAACUAUGUCAGUUGUCUUUGCAGCGUGAUGGCCUCCUUUCUCACAGCCCUGUGUGCAACUAUGUCAGUUGUCUUUGCAGCGUGAUGGCCUCCUUUCUCACAGCCCUGUGUGCAACUAUGUCAGUUGUCUUUGCAGCGUGAUGGCCUCCUUUCUCACAGCCCUGUGUGCAACUAUGUCAGUUGUCUUUGCAGCGUGAUGGCCUCCUUUCUCACAGCCCUGUGUGCAACUAUGUCAGUUGUCUUUGCAGCGUGAUGGCCUCCUUUCUCACAGCCCUGUGUGCAACUAUGUCAGUUGUCUUUGCAGCGUGAUGGCCUCCUUUCUCACAGCCCUGUGUGCAACUAUGCCAGUUUGCACGCAGAUUUCAGACUUUUUAAGAGGCACGAUACUGCCUGCAGGACACUUUCAGCAUUGAUAAAUCUCACUGUUCAUGUUGAGUGAUUUGUAUUUGCAUUUUCUCCUCCCAGUAUUGUGGGCAUUCUGAUAAUCAACAUAUUUUCUGCAUACAUCAUUAAGACAAAUAUGUUAAAUGGAGGGAAUAAGCGGUAGAAAAUGGAUGGAUGGGAUGGAUUGCACUCCUUAUUUUGCUCAUUAAUCGACAAAUAUUUAGAUCAGCUUUGCGUGUGCUAACAAGUUUGCAUGUGUUUUGAUACACAUAAACCUUUUGUAGAUUAUACUGUAAGUGUGGUAAACUUACUUUUUGUUGCAGGCUUCAAGACACGUAGCGGGAGACUGACAAGACAGAAUGUCAAGUAAAGGACAUCUAUUGGAAAAUACUGUUUUUAUUCCAUGAUACAUAUUUUUAAUAAACAUUCCACACGUUUA